CGCCUCCUCCGCUACGUUCUUCAACUUCGAGAUCUCCGGCGAGCACUCCAUGGAGGACCCCUCGUCGUUCUCCGCCGCCGCCGCCGCCCCCCACGCCGCGAUCCCCUACGUCCGAGUCUCCGCCUCCUUCUCCAUCUCCGGCCCCGCUCCCUCCGCGACCGCCGGACCCGACGACCGCGCCGCCGCCGCCGCCGAGAUGGAGAAGAUGCUGGGGGAAGCCGCGGCGAGCCUCGCCCGCAGCGGCCGCUACAUCGUGACCGCAGCGGCGAUCCGCGCCCACCUCGACGAGCUCGCGCCCCUCCGCAAGAUGACGAUCCUCGCCCCCGACGACCGGGCCAUCGCCGACGCCCUCUACUACGAGUCCCCGCCCCGAUUCCACCUCCACAUCGUCCCCGAUCGCCUCCUCACCUACGCCGACCUCCGCCGCCUCCCAGUCGGCGCCGAGCUCCCCACGCUCGAUCCCGGGGAGAGCCUCGUCCUCACCAGCAACGGCGAAGGCAAAGGAGCCCCGGACAUCGUCCGAUUAAACUUCGUCAGCAUCAAUGCCCCCGAUCUCAUCAUAGGCUCCAGGAUCGCCGUCCACGGGGUCCGCCUCCCGAUCUGGGAGUUCGAUCUCUGGGAUCUACGUCCUUCGCCGCCGCCAUCGUCGACAUCCUCGCCGUCCUCACUGGAGGCGCCGAUCUGAAGCUAGCUUCGUCGGAUCAAGCGGUGGGAGCGCGAGGCCGAUGCUCGAUCUCGGCCAGAGAUCGCACGGUCGAACGUAGUCUGAGGUGAGAUCGAUCUCUCUGCAUUGCUGCUACACUAUAUCACCUACCUAAUCGUACUACUACCGAGUUUUAUUCUCGUCUUUUUUUCUUUAUUUUCCCUGAUUUUUCCUGCUUUUUCCCCCCCUUUUUUGGCUCGAUUAAUUCUUGAUC